UGAAACUUUUUUAAAAUAAUUUUUAUUAAAAUAAUAUUAAAAUUAGAAAAAAUUCUCAAACCAACUCCCCGGAUCCCUAAACUUGAGCAAAAAGAAAGCCGAAGCUCGUAAUAAGACCAAACGGGAAGCCCAAACCGUCUCCAUUUUCGUUCUCUUAAUCGCCCUAGCGCUCCCCCCCCCCCCCCCCCCCCUCUCGCUCUCUCUCUCUCUCUCUCUCUCUCUCUCUCUCUCCAUGGCCAAGCAACAAGCUAACUGGUCUCCUUACGACAACAAUGGAGGAUCUUGUGUUGCGAUCGCUGGGGCUGAUUAUUGUGUAAUAGCAGCUGAUACUCGAAUGUCCACUGGUUACAGUAUACUCACCAGAGAGUACUCCAAAAUUUGCAAACUAGCGGACAAAUGUGUAAUGGCUUCUUCUGGUUUUCAAGCUGACGUGAGAGCCUUACAGAAGCUCUUGGCAGCCAAACAUUUGACCUAUCAGCAUCAACACAACAAGCAGAUGAGCUGCCCUGCAAUGGCUCAACUACUUUCAAACACCCUCUACUACAAACGCUUCUUCCCGUACUAUUCUUUCAAUGUUUUGGGUGGCCUUGAUAACGAAGGGAAGGGUUCUGUCUUCACAUAUGAUGCUGUUGGGUCGUAUGAGAGGGUUGGAUACAGCUCCCAAGGGUCUGGUUCCACACUGAUCACGCCCUUUUUGGACAACCAACUGAAGUCCCCCAGCCCCCUCCUAUUACCUGCUAAGGAUGCUGUCACACCACUUUCUGAACGAGAAGCAGUUGAUUUGGUGAAAACUGUUUUUGCUUCUGCAACCGAGAGGGAUAUAUAUACUGGGGACAAGCUAGAAAUAGUCAUCCUGAAUGCAGAUGGCAUUCAUCGUGAAUACAUGGAACUCCGAAAGGACUAAUCCUUCUUCCAAGGUGACAACUUCUCUUGCUGAAAGACACUGAUGGGUUGCAUGGGAUACCCUCAGAAGAUGCUGGUAGAUGUCGUUUUGUUCUCAGAAUUUGGUUUAGCAUUUCAAUGGUCGGAUAUGGACAACUGCAUUUCAUACUAAGUUAAAAAUGUUGAAACUGCAGCACCUUGUAUUUCUGUAUUCAGACAUGAUAAUGUUUUAGUUUUGCAUUUGACAAUAUUUUAUACUUGAAAAGUAUGACAUUGAUGUGGUCAGGAAGCUGAUAUGGACAAUGGUUCCUGUUUUCAACUUUCAGCUUUUCCAGUAAAAAGCUUAAUACAUUUGCA